AUGUCGACGUUGCUGGGACCUCCUUCACCGUCGCCCACUCCUCACAGCACGGACAGCAUGACAACGACCCAGCCUAGUGUUGAGAGCGACGAAGCAUGGGCGACGCGAGAAGGACUGCCCAGCUUCGAAGAGCCAUUCUUGCAGAAGUAUCUCGACGCCCGAGACAAUCUCAUUGCCCAGGAGAAGGCACAGCGUAGCGACCAUGUCUUCCGCGAGACGCUCUCACCCAUGGCGAGAGAAGCCUCCAUCAUCGUCUCGGCCAUUCGCGAACAGGAGCAGCAGACACUGUGGCAGACCAGCGUCGAGGACGAACUAGCCGAAACAACCCAAGGCCCCAUCUUCCCAGGCAUGAUGUUCACCCUAGCCAAGGAACGCAUGGAGAUGAGCAGACUUUGGAAGAUAGUCAGGAAGAUGCCGAAGGGUGCCCUGUUGCAUUGCCAUCUGUUCGCCAUGGGGGACAUGCACAAGCUUCUCGACUUCGCCUUCGACACUCCAGGCCUCUGCAUCUACUCCGACCACUCACUACACACCAAAGAGCUUCGUUUCAAUCAUCGGUAUCCAUUCUCGUUCUGCUACGCCAAGCCAGAAUCAACACAGAGCAGUACCUCGUUAUGGACAGAAUCAUACAAGACCAACGACAAAGUUCCAAUCUCGACAGCAGCAGAAAGCUUUCCCGACGCUGGCAAAGAAGGCUUCAUCAAAUGCUUCAUCUCGAGAGCAACCAUCGCCGAGGAAGAGUCCAUCUCACAACACCUAGGCCCAAACGCCAUCUGGGAGAAAUUCAUCUCCUGCUUCGGCACCGUCCGAGGUCUGGUCCGCUACGAGCCCAUCUUCCGAAAGUUCAUGCAGCAUGUCCUGUCAGCACUUUACGAAGACGGCGUGCGAUGGGUAGACAUCAGAUCCGAUUUCAGCGCACCAUACUAUGCAGAAGGCUCCGAGACACCAGAAGCGGAUGACUUCCUCUUGCUCGAACACAUGGAAGAUGAAAUCGAAAAGUUCAAGUCCUCACCAGAAGGACAAGGGUUCUGGGGCGCACGCUUAAUAUGGACCACGAUCCGACAUGGUCCACCCAAAGUCAUCGUCGAAGACAUGAAACGCUGCAUCGCCAUGAAGCAGGAAUUUCCCGAACUUUUGGGAGGCUACGACCUCGUCGGCCAAGAAGAUCUCGGCCGACCAUUGACAGAUCUCCUCCCGGAACUGUUCUGGUUCAAGAAGUCCUGCGCGGAACAUGGCGUUGAUAUCCCCUUCUUCUUCCACGCCGCAGAAACUCUCGGUGACGGCGACAGUGUAGAUGAGAACAUCUACGAUGCCAUCCUUCUCGGGACCCGCCGCAUCGGACACGGUCUCACCCUCUACCGCCAUCCACUCCUCUGUGAAAUGGUCAAAGACAAGAAGAUCCUCAUCGAAUCCUGCCCAGUCUCGAACGAAGUGCUCCGCUUCACUGGCAGCAUCAUGUCGAACGUGCUCCCAGCACUCCUCGCUCGCGGUGUACCUUGCAGUCUGUCCAACGAUGAUCCGGGCAUUCUAGGCCAAGGAGCAAGCGGCAUGAGCCAUGACUUCUGGCAAGCACUUCAGGGUUGGGAGAAUCUUGGACUGCCCGGUCUGGCCAGCUUAGCGGAGAAUAGCGUGCGGUGGGCGAACUACGAGGACUGCACCGCGAAAGGGUGGAAGCAGAGUAUCCACGAUGGGGCGUAUGGCAAAGACGUGCGAGCACAACGGCUGAAGGAGUUCGCAGCUGAAUUCGAGAAGUUCUGUGAGUGGGUCGUGUCAGAGUUUGCGACGGAUGUGGAUAUCAGUACACUCGACUGA